AUGUCUGACCGUCGUCUCUGUCCGCAGGAGGAGGAGGAGCGUGGGAAGCGUCAGGUCCUGGUCCUCGGUCUGGACGGAGCAGGGAAGAGCAGCAUGCUGCAGGGUUUGACCCCCGGGGAGCCGGCGGCUAAGAGAGGCCGCUGCCGGCCCACCCGCGGCUUCAACUUCAUGAGCCUCAAUGCCCCCGCCUGCCAGCUGGACUUUCUGGAGAUUGGGGGAGGGGAGGACCUGCGGCGGUACUGGUCCGAAUACCUGAGGAGGACUCACGUUCUGGUGUAUGUGGUCGACUCGUCCGACAGGAAACGCCUCCCGCUGGCGAAGGCUGAACUGCACCGCCUCCUGAGGGUGGAGCCUCAGCUGCCUGUGGUCAUCCUGGGAAACAAACAGGAUAAGCCCAAUGCCAUCGGUGUGUCGGAGCUACAUGAGGCCUUGUCUCUCGGCUCCUUGACCGAGGACAGGAAGCUGUUCCUCUUGGCCGCUCAGCUGGAUUCAGACAAAGCCCUGAGGAACUCCUGCUGGGGCCUGGACACCUUCCAGGACCUCCUGCUACAGCUCGUCUAACCCCCCCCCCCCCCCCCCCCCCCCCCCCCCCCGCAGAAGACGAGGAGAUGGAGGGAUGGAAGCAAAGGGAUGGUUUCAGGACGUCCUCCUCCUCCUCAUAUAAGCUCGAUUUUUUGAGGCAAAGGAGGAGGAAAUAGUGAAGGUUUCUGAAGCAGAGGAGUUGAAGAUGAAACUCGGAGUCUUCUCCUCCUUUUCCUCAAACUACGUCAGCUCGUUAUUUUCAAAGUCACCUCCUCCUCCACCAGCAGCUCGAUUUCUCCCGACUCAUCAUCCUCUCCGGAGGAGAGGAGGACGAGGGUUUAUUCUCAGAUCUGUGACUCAGAACCACACAUUUCACCUCCUGCCAAUGACUCCGAUGUUCCAUUUAUCUAAAUGUCACCAGGUUGAUUUCAGCCUUCAGAUUCAACUCCAUCAAAAAGAUCGUAGAUGCAGAAAAUACUGAUUUCUCUUGGUUUGCCUUUUUUUCUGAAAGCUGUGCGGCAGAGCAGAACAGGCAACACCUCGGGUUGCCAGGUUGGAGUUGCCGAAGCUGCACCAGCUCGGUGAAGCAACUGAUUUAAUAGCGGCUUCUGAGAUUUGUGGAUUCUGUGAGGGAAUUUAACUCCCUGAUAUUUUUCUUGCUUGUCAGGUUUCAACACUUCCAUGUAACAUCUCCUCACAGCACCAUGUGGAUUUUUAAAUGUCUCCCUCGUGUCACAGAGCAGAAUGUAGAAUCCAGUAAAACCACACGUCUUUGAAUGUAUCAGUGAUUUUUAAAUGGUCUUGUACAGAGAAACUGGACUCAGCUUAGUUCAGAUGUUUGUGAUGAACGUGAACAUUUAUUCCUUUUGAUGUCGUGUUGCUCUGCAGAAAUGUUCUCAUCACACGAAGCUGGAUUUUCAGUGGAGCGACUGCUUUCCUGUUUUCCUGUGCUGCAUAUGAAUUCAUGCAUGUGGUCUUGUGUUCUCUUUUAAAACUGAAGCUGCAGUUUCCAUUAAAUUAAGUCUCAAUGUCUUUUCUGCAACUUCACAAUCUCACUGACCAGAGGACAGUUGAUCUGCUCUGAAAACAACACGGCUGGAUCUAUAACAUGUGGGCUGACACAGCACGUCAAUGCAGACAUAAAGAUAAAACUGUG